CUCAAACUAGAUAUAUCUACCAAGACCAAAAAACUAUAAUUGAGAAAACCAGAAAAAUAAAAUGUGGGCAGCCUCUCUUUCCCCUCAUCAACAAUUCUUGAAUCCAAACCCUUUCAUAACCGAUCAACACUGCAAUUUCAAGAAUUCCUUCUGGUGGAGGAGGCGACGUUCAGUUCGACGCUGUGUUGUGUGAAGAAAGCAGCAGAGGGCAAGAACCAUUACGAGUUGCUAGGAGUCUCAGUUGAUGCGAGUGGCCAAGAAAUCAAGGAUGCUUAUAGAAAACUGCAGAAGAAACAUCACCCAGAUAUUGCUGGGGAGAAGGGUCAUGAGAGCACAAUCAUGUUGAAUAAAGCGUAUGAGGUGUUGGUGAGAGACGAACUCAAAAAAGAAUACGAUAGAUCAAUUGGCAUAGUUCGUUUCGGGUUCGAGAUCGAGGGGAGCACGCCCGGUAGUGUGUGGAAAGAGCCCUUGAGACCCCAAGCUCUAUUUGUCGAUGAAAAUGCUUGUGUAGGUUGCUGGAAAUGCGUGCACCAAGCGGGCGACACAUUCACCAUGGACGAAGCUUCUGGAACCGCGCGCGUCAAGGUUCAAUACGGCGAUCACUACACAAAGAUUGAGAUGUCAGUCGAGUCGUGCCCUGUAAACUGCAUCCACUGGGUCGAUACAGAAGAACUAGCAGUUCUUGAGCACCUAAUCCGGCCCCAACCAAAGGAGGGAUAUGGAAUAUAUGGACAAGGAUGGGAAAGACCUGCAAAUGUAUUCAUGGCUGCCAAAUCCUUCAAAAAAAAGUUACAGCAAGAAGAAAGGCAGCAGAGACAGGGAAAAUCAAGGGACGAGAAAGAAACUCCAGCUCAGGCAGAAGCCCGCGAGAAUGCAUACAAGGAACUGAAUAUAGGAAACUUUGCAAGAAUUUGGAGCUGGCUGAAGCGAAGCACUAGCAAAUGAACAAACAAGUAGAGAUGAAUACAGUAACUAUACAAUCUGAAGAAACGGUGUAAGAAGGCAUGAAGGAAAAGUGUGUAUCAACUAUCAAUUCUCCAGAUGUAAUUUCAGAAUGAGUUUGAAAAUUAUGUAUGUAUAUAUGAGAAGCUAGUUAAACAUCAA